AUGGCUACUUUAGAAAGAUUUAAAGAGCUUCCUCGAGAGCUUCGAGAUCAAAUUUGGAGUCUUGCCAUCCGAGAUGACCACCCAGGAGCACAUAUCUUCGGACAAUAUGUGACUGGAAGCCGUCGUGUCCGAUCUCAAGACGGUUGGUAUCUUGAUUUGGCCGAGCCUUCGUGGAGACGGUGCUUUGAGAGCUCGAAUCAAUAUCGCAGCGAUGAAAAUAUUUCGACAUAUCUAAUAGACGGCGGCUUAUGGGCCGCCUGUCACGAGUCACGAUGUAUUAUGGAAAAACACUUCAACCAGUCAAAACGGCAAUUAGCUCCACGUAGUCUUUAUGACCGUCGAAACAGUUUCAGUCAACAAGACCUUUUCAAAAAGGCCUCGUCAGGCUACUUCGAAGGUACUCCUAUGGAAAGAGUCACAGUUUUCCCUCUCAGAGAUCUUUUUAUCUUGCAGCAUGAAGACUUGGAUGAGAUCGACUGGGAUAACAUUGACUACGAACUUGCUCCGGCAUCAUUAACAGAAGGGUUUUAUGGUGUGAACCAUAUCGCAAUAGAGUACGAUCGGGCGUGGGCGGAUGAAUCUCGCCAAAAGGAUAUUCUCUAUACGUUUUCACAAGCCUGUGUUGGUGUAACCUAUACUCUCUGGUUCAUCGACCGCUCUCAGAAACGGAAAAGCCAAGCUCCCGUAUUUGAAGAAGAAUCCGAAACUGCCUGGAAGAUCAAUGCUUUUUAUGCCAGCGAUAGGAAAUUCUUGGAGAUCGAAGACGAUGAUGCCAGACUCGAUGAAGACAAAGUUACUGCUGGUACUGAAGCCGAGGACCACUGUGUCGUCAAGCUUCUCGGAUGGGCCCCUCUCUGA